AAGUUUUGACAGUUCGAUUACGCAAUGUACAGCGAUCACGCAUGCUGCUAGCUAAACAGAAUUUAAUUACUGCUGCUGUGUUCAGAUUUCAUCAGAUCGAAAUCCGGCUAUAAUCGCAAAGUUAGCAAAUAUUUCCUUCAACAUACCACCGCUUAUCGCAAUGGCCGAUUUCGAUGCAUCCAGCAAAGGUUCCGUUGAUCCCGAACUGCAGGACUUUCUGAUGGCUGAAAAGCAAAAGGCCCAACUCAGUGCACAGAUUCACGAAUUCAAUGAUAUUUGCUGGGAAAAGUGCGUGGACAAACCGGGUAGCAAACUGGACAGUCGAACCGAAUCCUGCCUAAAUAACUGCGUGAACCGAUUCAUUGAUACUUCGUUGCUUAUCGCUACACGGUUUGCUCAGACGCUGCAGAAAGGACAGUCGGGGAUGUGAGCCGAUACGAUUAGGAAAAGUUAGGCCAUACGGUGAAUUUGCUGGUUAAGGAUUUAGUUCAGAAAUAAACAACGUUUUUACAGUUCAA